CUCNAGCUCGUCGUUGGUGCUCUCAAUGGCGUAUUAAUACAAUUUUCAGAUGGUUAUACAACGGCUGAUAUUGACUAUUUCUGGGGAAAGUAUAGGAAUGAUCAAAAUUCUGCGGUCGGUUUCAAUAAUAUUUCGUUGCCACAGUUUCGUGCAGUCGGUUAUCGUGUCAAUGUCACGCGCGCAACAACCUCAUCUGGUGUAUAUGUAAGAUUGUACUUCGAAGUGCUACUCGGUCGUAAUCUCGGUUUCUACCUCAUGAACAUAAUCAUUCCUUCAAUGCUAAUCGUCACUAUUUCAUGGGUAUCAUUUUGGUUGAAUCGUGAGGCAUCUCCGGCUCGUGUAGGGCUCGGAGUGACCACUGUGCUCACAAUGACCACUCUCAUCACUACCACUAAUAACUCAAUGCCAAAGGUCAGCUACAUCAAAGGACUUGAUGUUUUCCUGAACUUUUGUUUCGUGAUGGUGUUCGCAAGUUUGGUCGAAUAUGCAGUUGUGAGUUAUAUGAACAAGAAAUUGGCGCAGCGGAGGGAACGACGGCGGAAACAAGCUGAACAACAAGCACCAGUUGAAGUGCCUAUGUUUCACAGUCAAAUAUCACCGAAACUAAACGCGCCCUAUCAAGCGCAAAUAAUGAACCUGAGUAGUUCAUCACCAUUGAAAGCUUACACUGACGGUAUGAUGGAAAUACCGCCGGAAUGUGACUGUCGAACAAUACCGCUCAUACAAAAUCCCCGACUGAUCGCUGAGAAUUCCAUGUGGCCUGCGCCAUUCGGAAAACCGAAACGGCCAACUCGAACGUGUCGAAGCGUGACUCCUUCGAAAAUUGACAAAUGCUCUCGAUACGUCUUUCCGUUGCUCUUCUUAGGAUUCAACGGUAUUUCCUCAUCAUAUAGUUUGAAUAUUCAAUCAGUUUCACAUCCUUGA